CGCGUCGAAAGCUCGCGCUCGAGGGUGCCGUCUCGAGCGGGGCCGCGAUUGCAAGUGCUCCCGUUCUGGGUUUUUGUGUUUUCGUCAUGGUUCCGACGGGGUAGGCAACCACAACCAAAGCCACCAUGGCCAGCCGAGAGGGCGGGGUCAAGACGGACAUGGCGGCUGCGAUCACGGACAAUAAGGAAGGGGUCCCAGACCGACCAACCAAGGUAUCUGAAAACUUGCGCGACGAGGAGGCUGCCUACCAGCGCGACAUUCUGGGCAAAAAAGAUGUUGCCCCCCCAAAGAGGGCCGAGGAGUCCGGCGGCGACAAACACGAGAUGACGAACCUCCUACAACGCGAGGAGGCCCGGCUGCAGAAAAUCGGCCAGAACCUCGACAAGCCAGAGAUGCUGGACCAGAAGCUGCGUGAGCAGACCACCGUGAAGGCCGAGUCGGAAUUCGCGUCGGAUGCCAACAUCAAGACCGACAUGAACAUGCGCAUGUCCGACGACGUCAGGGGACCCGCGAUGGACGCGGACGUUGGUCCGCCAAAGGAGCACGGGGCUGGCGGCGGAUCGCCGAUGAAGCGUCCUUCUCAGGAGAGAAUCGUCGCGGGAAAGGCGACCGGCACGUCUUACGCCACGGAUGGCAACUAUCCAAAGACAGACAUGGCGGCCAACAUCACCGACCACCGGUCGCGCCUGAGCGAGCUCAGUAAGACCGCGCAGAAAGAUUUGAUGCGCCAAGAAGAGAGCUACGCUCGGGACCGGCUCCUAGGGGUGCCGGCUCAGGGGCUCCCUACCCCCACGCGGCCGAGAGAGUCGGUGCCAGGACGUGCUUCGAUGCAACAGGGAGCGCGUGCAUCGGGCGGAGGCACGAUCGCAGGUUCUCGAGGCGGCAGCUUAGCUCCGCCAGGCGGCAGCUUAGCUCCGCCAGGCGGCCAGAAGGCCAUGGCGGCCACCAUCUACACUAAGGACGAAGAGUCGUCGACAUCGGAGGAGCAGCCGCCUCGCAUGACCUGCUGGCUGAUGCCUGAGAGUGUUCAGCGGGUCAUCGACAGCGGCAUGGAAAAGAUCUACGGACCGCGACCGAGGCGUCCGUACAGGCCGCCCAUGUUAGACAUGGAAGUGGAAGAGGACGACUACGACCCGUACCUUAACAAAGCUGGGGCGACCGAGGCUGUGUACAAGCCUGAAGAAGGCCGAGUUAUGUACCCGAGUGGGAAGCGUCGCAAGCCCCGACGCCCAGUGUACCCGGCAGAGGAAGAUUUCGACGUCAUGUUUCAGGACGAGCUGGUAAUCGGCGGCGGAGGUCGCAUGAUGUACGUCGAUGAAGGCGAUGCCGACUACGCCGACGAAGGGGACAUGUACGAAGAGGAGACAGAGGAAGUUCUUUACAUGGAUGACAUGAUGUACCAGGGCGGCCAAGGUAAUCCCAUGAUGUAUCGUCAGCCCAUGGGUCAACCAAUGAUGCAGCCAAUGAUGCAGCCCAUGAUGGGACAACCGAUGAUGCAGCCAAUGAUGGCGCCACCCCUGAUGCAGCAGAUGGGACAGCCGAUGAUGCAACCGAUGGGACAAUCCAUGAUGCCACAGAUGGGACCCACUAUGAUGCCUCAUAUGGGUCAGCCCAUGAUGCAGCCGCCCAUGAUGCAAGCCAUGCCAGCUCAGCAGUACGGCUACACCCAGCAGCCGCAGAACAUUGUCAUCAACCAGAAAGAUCAUAUAGAAGUGAGCUCCUCUGACACUGACGUCAACGUAAAAUGGACCAAACAGUACGCAAUGGAGCUGCCCUGUGACGUAGAUGAACUUAACCGAACCGGUUCUAGUGUCCGCAUCGAGCAACGCGUGAAGAUCAAGACUGAAAAGUCAACCACGACGGAUUCUGAAGACACGGGAAAAAAAUCAGCCGCUGUCCAGACGGCGCGUAAUGACCCGGUAUCUACGACAUCGCAGACGGAAAGGCCAAUGAAGGAUUCAAAGAGCAUCGAAGCAAGGGUCGACACAGACGACGCGGCCACACAGAGGAACCGAUAUCCCGAAAGAGUGGCGGACACGCAGACAUUCGGCACGUCACCGUUCGUUCCGGGCGCCGGCAUGCCGUUCAUGUUUCCGCCGGGCAUGAUGAAUCCUUUCAUGAUGGGUGCCAUGGGCAUGCCCCAGCAGCCACCGCCUCCUCCGCCUAUCCCCGACCCGCCGUCACCGCCGCCGUGCGAGGAGUGCGCGCAGCUCAAGUCUUGCUGCGAGGACGUGCCUUUCGAAGACCUGAAGAAGAACAUUGAAGAGGAUAUCGCCAACAUAGUGAACGAGAACCUGGCGGUAAAGAUUAGUGACGAAGACACCAAGAUACUCGUCGCGCGGCCAGACUCCCCUUACAAGCUUGUCUACCUGAUACCGCAGCGAGCCCAAGUCGUCAAGGAGGAAAAGAGCAUCCAGACUGGCAAGCAACCCACGAACAAAAGUAUUCAGACCGACGGCAAGAAAGGCGCUAAGGGGGCCAAGUCGUUCGACACCGACGGUGGCGAAGGAGAGCGCGUGAUUAUGGCCUCGUACAACACUCAAGAGCGCCAGAUUAACGGAAAGCGAGUGCGAACGACCAAAGCUUUCCGCGUGACGCAGUCCGACGACGAGAAUGUCACGGAAGUCCAAGAAUCGUCGAGCAGCUCGGAAAACGGCAGAUCGAGGUCGAAGCACAGGUCGCGCUCCAAGAGACGGGCGAAGCGCGCCCGUUCGGACGGCGCCUAUCCGCGUAGUCUGACCAUAUCGGUCGGCCGCACCAGCUCCACCACGAGCCGCAGCCGCUCGCCAGGACACAGUCGCCGCAGCCGCAGUCCCAGUGCAGGGCCAGCACGGAGUGAAACUCCCAUGCAGGGCCAGCGUCGUUCGAGGCGCUGGAAAGGGGCCGCCGCCAACAGCAUCAGCUCGUGCAGCGCCAGUAGCCAGACAAACGUGUCCAUCAUCGGCCCGGCUUCGAAUCCCGAAGCAAUAAGCUGCACCGCGAGGGCCUACGUCGACGCCUCUCCGACGAGGCCACACUCCCGCCUUCCGUCUCGUAAAUACGCUCCGCACGGCGACGACUCGACGCACGUAUCGACUCGCUGCACCGUUGUGACGUCGGACACGAACCUUACAGCCCGGUCUAUGCACGGCGUUCCCGAGUUGCGGGCCGAUGUCAAGCCCAAGUCGAACAAGGUGUGGAUGGAACGCAUCUACAACGAGCGCCCCGAAAGCUCCCGCUUCAGCCCGCGAGCGGAGAACCGAGCGCCCUCGCCGCUCGAGAUGACGAGGCGCCCGAGCGGAGAGAGACCUCCAUCGCCUCGCGGUGGCCGCGACAAAGGCGGGAUGGUGUGCAAGCCGCCCAGGUCCGUCUCGUCCAUGUUCCAGACGGCCGGGGAAGCUCGCUACCAGAGUCCCAACCGCAACGCCAGCUACAUGGAAGCCGAACGGAUCGCCAAGCACAUUGCGCAGCAGAUCGCGCCGCAGAUCAUCGCCGCCCGCCAGAAGGAACCCAUGCAGGAGAAACAGCGAAGCGGACAAGCGUCCGUGGUGCAGAACAUGAUUGCGAACGCUCGACAGCACCACCAGCAGCUUCAGCAGCAACAACAGCAGCAGCAUCAGCAGCAGCAACAACAACAGCAGCAACAACAGCAGCAGCAACAACAGCAGCAGUACCAACAACAGAUUCUCCAGCAGCCCCACCGGUCUCAGAACCGACAGUCGCCGUUCCGCAGGGACGAGGAGUCGACCCGCUACGAGAACAGAAACAUGUACUCGACCAGCGGUCGCUACACCGUCAGAUCCCAGCAGUCCAUGGAGCGACUGAGCAACGCGCAGGGCAGCCGCCUCGUGACAGAGAACAAGAUGUCCCGCUACGGUGCGGCAGCUGCUGGCGUCACGUCCUCAUUGAGCCAGAGUCUCCCGCAACGCUACUCGGGAGGCGCCUACCGCCAAGGCAGCGUGGGCAGCAACGGACCGCCGAGGCGGUCCGCCACGAUGUCCGCCGUGAGCCGCAACUUGCAGCAGCCGCAGCACUUGCAGUCACGCGGCAGCCCUCUGUGUGGCAGGCAGAGCCCGCAGGCUCGGUACAUCCUGCCCAUCCAGCUGCAGGUGACCGGUCAGACGAGCCGAGUGACUGCUGCUGCUGCUGCCGGCGGCUACAACCAGUCGCCGCGCGGCGGCUCGCGCGUCUCUCCGGGGCUGUCCGGAAGCCGCUCCAAGAUCACCAUGAUGCAGCAGCAACAGCGCCAAGAGCAGCUCUCGAACGUCGUCAUGCGCAACAUCGAGCGGGACUCGUCGAGUCCGCCCCGCAUGACGCCCACCAGCUCCUGCCACGGGGACAAAAAGAGAGCCUUCUACAAACGGGCGUACCGACUGCGAAUCCCAGCCCAAGAGAAGCAGGUGCUGACGUACGCGCUGGUCGCCCUGGUGGCCCUUAUCAGCAUCAUCCUUGUCAUCAACACGCUCGGAAAGAAGCGCGUCACCGUCGAGUGACCACCGAGCCGCGGACACGCCGUCCGAAACGCUUGCCGCCGCGCGGUACACACAGCGGCUCGACCCGACACCGGGCAGGCGCUCUCUCGGCGUCUAGUCGGCCACUCGUCUUUCGAAGCGUUUCGAAGUUUCUUCUUCCCACAGGCGACGCUUGGCCGCACUCGACUCUGGGGCCUCGAAAGAAAGCGUGACGUGCCCGACUCCAGGAAAAGAAAAAAAAAACGCGGAGCACUGAUUGAGAAAGCAGGUCUACGACACGCAAAAUAAAAAACCUGGGAAGACCUCCGCGAACUAAAAGCUGCCGUUGCUUGGAUGUUUCUGGUUUAUUUAACCCGUCGGUUUACUAAGAGCGACACAUUUGUUGCCGUGGGUCUCUUUGCAUGUUGUGUGGAACAUUGUUAAUUCGACGCUUGGAUCAAAUUUUCAAUAAUUAUGGCCUCUUUGCGAGAACUAUCCCAGCGAUUGUUCAGUUUCUGCGCAGCCUUGCAUGUGUAUCGAAGUAACAGCGCAGUGGUAUCGAAGGUCGCAAGACAGUCCGCCGACCUCCUUGGUGACCUUUUGUGCAUUCGUACGGUUUUCUACAGUGGGCUGCUCUCUAAAAAAAAAAAACGUUUACACCCUUUAGGCCUUAUCUUGUCCCCAAACGAUAAUCGCCAUCUGCCUUGCUAGCGUUUCCUCUCUUGAAAACUCGGCGCUCGCUACUUUCCUGUCGAGAAUGCUCUGUCAAGCUGAUAACGCGCAAUCGGUUCGUGACUAG